AUGGAUAUUGGGGAGGUCGAGUUCUGCCACAUAGACGAUCUAUGUGCAUUGCUGAAUUACCACCCCCGGCUUCAGACGCUAAAGCUCAGCAAAAACAUUAGUAUCAGAGAUUCCGAGAAGCAGGAGAAUAUGGAGCUGAAACAUAAUCUCUAUGUUUCCGCCGUGAUGGCAAACUCUCAGUAUCGGUUUCCUUUCGAUCUGUGCUGCCUCCGCAAUCUCAUCCUAGCAGUUGCACCGCAAAACUUCCGUUCCUGUGUAGCAGCCAUCAUGACGCCCGUCGCAAAAUCGAUCGAGAGAUUGGAGCUGAAUAUUUUCACACUCAAUCUAAGAAGGCAUUACCCUACCCACCAGUCGAAUUCCUCCCUCCCUUCCUUGCCCCGUCUCCGCUCCAUCAGGAUUUAUUACGAAAGCCCCGGUCGGUCGUUGCUGGAUUGGUUAGCUUUUAAUAUCUUCCGCCAUGCACCCAAACUACAAGAGAUUAUGCUAACUACCUCCCUUCUCUCAAACCGCUUGACAGAUGGACACGUCAUGAUUGGCGAAGGUGUAUGGAUGCGCUUGGACACUGUUAUUGCUGCACAUCCUACUAUCCAUUCGUCCAUGAUCGAUUUGAGCGUGUUCAGAUCGACGAGGUAUCUGGACUGGAGAGAGAUGAUGAUGCUGUCUAUUCAGAGACUGCUUCCCGCCACCGUGGCUAAGGGAAUUACGUAUGGUCUCGACUUCUAG